UGCCGUUCAAAAUCGGGGUCACAUGGGUUUCAGUUGUUGAUUGGCUGACGUCAAGGUCGCUUCUAAGUCCAUCGGCCUACGGCUAAGCUGCUAGUUAGUCUUUAAAGUUCUAUCACUGUCAUGCUGAUGGAGGAUUCAAGUUUUGAAGAUGAGUCUGGUGAUGAACAUGAUGGUUAUGAUCCUGUUCGCAGCCGGAUUGUGGAUAAUCAAAAUGUAUCAUAUAAACCUAGAUAUGUUCCUUCUGAAGCUGAUGAAAAUUCGGGCUCUGACGAUCUAAGUGAUGAUCUGGAAGAUCACUUAUCUUAUUCUCAUAAUCCUCCACAUUCUCCAGUUGAUUCUUCGAGUGAGCAUUCGAUCGUUAAAUCUGAACAAAAUCAUUUUUCGGAGAAUCUGGAUUACGAUAGGGAAUAUUACGUUGAACCUGUUGUGGAUGUCACUACCCCAGGUUAUGCUCCAAGUCAAGCUUUAACUCCCGAAUCCAGUCCUGCCCUGAGUUAUUCCGGAAGUGAACAUGCAUCAGAUGUAAAUGUGACUAGGAAAACUGAUCCAAAUAUUUCUAGUGAAGUGCAUCAGCAAGAUGAAGUCGAACACGAGAGCAACGAUGACUCAGAGUCUGUAAGCGAAAAAGAUCAGGAAGAGUUUCAUCAACAGGAAGUCGAUGAAACUCCUCAAGUGAAUUCUGUAGAGAAAUAUCCCACAACUAAGCAUAAUUCUCCUAUCGAAUCACUCCAGUAUAAUAAUUUCCCUGACAUUUUUGAAGAUCAUGAUGAUGAUCAAGAUCAAGGUAAAUUCAAUGAAGACUUCGAAGGUUUUGAGAGAGAUGAACAACCAGAAUCUCAAGUGGAUGGCAUCAUAGCAGAUAUAUUUGGCGAAAGUGAUGCAGAAGAAGAAUUUGAGGGCUUCGCCGAAAAUGAACUGGACAAAGGUAUUGAAGAGGAGGUUGAAGUUCAAACAUCUAGUGAGUUAGUAACAAAAAAAGGUCCCCUCACGACAGCUGGAGAAAACGAAGGGGAUGAAGAGUCUGAACAUGAUGAUGAGUUCGUUUCCGACUUUGACCGGAUAAUGGAAAAAAAGAAAGAAGAAUCACGACGAAGACGUAGACGUAAUAGGGAUAUUGAAUUCCUUAAUGAUAGUGAUGAUUUGAUUGUUGAAACCAUUUCUCGAAUGAAAAGUGCUGCCGAUGAAGACAGACAGUUACUUACAGCUAGUCGACCAGCGACCAAGAAACUGAACAUGCUCAAAGAAGUAUUAGCUAUUCUUAGGCGAGCUGACCUGAAAUCCGCCUUAAUAGAAAAUGGAAUGCUUUCCGCUAUAACUGAGUGGUUAUCCCCUUUACCUGGUCAUACACUCCCGAAUCUCGUUAUUCGUGACUCUAUGUUGACUAGUCUCAGUGAGUUUCAGUCACUGUCUUCUGAAGUUCUUCAAGAAUCCGGUAUCGGGAAAGCCUUGAUGUAUUUGUACAAACACCCGAGAGAAACUCGAGAAAACAAGGAUAGAGCUGGAAGACUUAUUAAUGAAUGGCUCCGACCCAUAUUCAACUUGACUAGUGACUAUCGAACUCUCACUAAGGAGGAACGUAAACAGCUAGAUUAUGAACAUUUACCUAAGCGGAGAAACAUCGAUAACGAGGCCUACAACCAUCGGGACAUUAACCGUGAAUUGGAUGGUGAAGCCAAAGGACUUUUGAGGCCUGGCGAUCCUGGAUGGGUUAAUAGAGCCCGAGUUCCUCAACCAUCAAAUAAAGAUUAUAUUAUCCGACCAAAAUGGCGUGUUCGAGAGAAUGCUACUGGGGAGGAUAAUGACGAAGAGGGAAAUGAUGAUCAGACAGAACAAUCCCAGUCACUUUCUCGAAAGCAUCGGAAAACACGAACAUCUGGUUUUGGAGCUACAUCACGAAUUGAAAGUCAUAUUCGAAAUUUAAGUAAUAGUGCUCGUAAAAGUCAUGCCAAAGCUGCUCGUGCAGUUCCAAUGAGUAUUGAAGGUCGUAAUAUGUCAUUGUGAUUAGUAUUUACUGUCAAAUGUUCUUAUUUUAAUUAUCGACUUCCUUUAAUUAUUCUGCAUCUUACUGUACAGUAUAUUUUGCGUUUCCUUUGCUUACUUGUCUCAUGAUAUAAAAAUUUGAGCUAGUUUCCGUUUGUAUAUUAUGUUAUGAAAUAAGCUGAAAAUACCAUGUUCAUUGUUUUUAUUUUCAAAUAUUUUCCCAAUAUGAACAUUGGAAAUAUAGAGAAAUAUUGUUUUCUUUACAAAAUACUACAUAUUUCCCAAUAUGAGGUUUAUGAAUUUAUUAUUGUAUAUUGGUGUAUAUUCAGUUGCAGGGGAUACAAAGUGUUUGAUCGUUUUUUUUUCAUAUUUUUUAAAUUUUAUUCUUUCGUACAAUGAAAACUUUUUUAGGCAUCGUCAUUUCAAACUUAAUUUGUAUCUAAAACCUAUAUACACUACGUAAGAAGGAUUAAUUAAAUCACUGAUAAUGAUAAUAUCACUUAUCGCAGUGUCCCCCUUAUAUAUAAAAAAUAAAUUAAAUCUAUUCAGAUAUGAUGGUAAACACUUUUGAAGAUAACUUUGAUAAAGACAAAUUUUUUUAAUAAACGGAUUAUACCCAUUAAGACAUUAAUUAAAAAAGAUUAGUUCAGUGAAGAGUCCCCUUUUCGGCGAAUUCAUUUUCAAAGCUAUACAAUCGCAAAUAUAUAUACUUAUUUUAACAGGAUGAUAAUAAACUUCUGUUAGGCAUGUUGACAGUGAGGUUAAAUAAACAAAGUUAUUAAAAAAUUCUUUUAAAAACAAGGAAAGUUUAAUAAUCGUUUGAUUGUUAAUGGCUUAAGUAUUCAUCAAAGGAUACAUAGGGAAAUUACCAUUGGGAAAGGAUAGCUCAGCAUGAUAAGAUAAAUAUUAAAAUUUAGAUUAAAUGUAAUGAGGAUGAUCGUGGAGACAAAAUGAACCGGUUGGGGGUAGAAAAUUUAAGGGAAAGCUGGAGGGUGAAGCAGAUAGUCGUAAAGGAAGAGUAUGAAGAGAAAAAUAUAAGACAUCAGGACCAUAGUAGAAGAAGAGGUUGUACCAGUCGCUUUUGCACACACAAUUCUGGUCUUUCUAGGUGUAUCGCUAAAGCUUCGGCAAUGCAAAGAAGAUGCAGUCUAAUUGUUUUGGGGAGACUUUUACUUACCUUGUAAAUGUCUUGAUUGAGUGACCUGUGUUCACAAGGUGCUCGAUUACUGAGCUUAUUGAGCCUCUUCCUCCUAUUUUCGAACAACGAGAAGCGUAUUACGCUCAUAUGAUUUUGAGAUGGUGGAGAAGAUUUGUAGCUCCACCAUCUCAAAAUCAUAUGCCGGACAAUGUUCUUCAAGGCGUUUACUCUUAUGACAUAUGGGAUAGCUAACCUAUUAAUGUCAUACGAUGAAUUUAUGUAGCUUCUGCCUACAUAAAGGAGCCCAGUCAGAGAAAAGAUCUUAAAGAACAGUUAUAAAUGAAUAAUGACGAAUGGUUGGAAAUGGUCGUAUCAAUUAAAAAUUGACAUUGAAGAUUUUUGUUUUGUGAAAUUUCGAUCCUUUCUACAACAUGGUCUGGAUGAUUUUACUGGUUAGAUCUAUAAUACCGUUCCACUAGUCAGUAGUUCUUCAUUACAGAUUUAACUUGUUGAAACAAUUUGUGGUUUCUGUUGUCUUGUGAUAUUAAUGUAAAUCAGUGACGCAAAAAGUGCUAAACGUAGUGAUGAUUGCACUUAUCUUAGAUCUGUGCAUCAUCAGUCCAAAUGUAUAUUUCUUCUGUAAUACUAAUCCAGAUGAACAUAUCAUUCAGAUAAAUAAAAACAACGACAUAGGAUCUCUGUUAACAGUGUACUGUAGCAAAUAUGUCAUCAAGUUGUUUCUAAAAGUAAUCAGUAUAUAAUCACUUUUCUUGCAGUAUAGUGGAUGUGUGAUUGGAUUUUCACUCUUUUCAAUCAUAUCGUGGAUUAUGAAUUCACUUUUGAUAUCUGGCUAUCAGUGGGUCUUAUAAGCUUUUCAUGCAAUGUACCUAAGGUAUACAAGAUAAAAACAAUUCUUUUUGUAAAAACGACAACAAUCCCAUUUUGUCUUAAAUGUAAUUAAUGGUUGUAUAUAGCGAUAGCACAAGAUUCACAUAAAAGGUAUUUAUAUCUAUAAUUGGUGACUGGGUAACACUACUGAGGAUUAAUCAUACAGAUGUAAUCGGAUAUUUCUAAAGAUCCGCACUCCAUCAUACUGAAUAUAAAAUACCUCGAACGAAAGCCUUUAUACGCUUUUAAUAUGACGGGAUGGGAAGCAGAAAUUACGUUUUGAACUCAUUAUAACACUUUUUCAACAUCACUUCCGUUUUUAAUUCAAUACUAUGGUUAUCAACUGUAAUAUUAGUUUUACUUACGGUGUACUAUUUUAAUCACCAUAAAUCGCUUUAGUUCAGUGUGUUGGUUACUCAAGAUACAAUGUUUUUGCAAUCAACUAAUAUGAACUAUGCUCAGCAUGAUAUGCAGCAUGUGAUUUGUCAUAAGUCUGGGUAUUUUUGAUGUAUGUGAUUUUAUUCUAAUUAAUAAUCAAAAUGAAUGUGCAAUCAAUAUAUAAAUGACUGUAUUUUUGACUAGGGUCAUCGCUUUUUAGAGUUAAUAAAUUUUCACUUGUACC